AAAAGCCAGGAACAUCAUCUAAUGUUAAAGUAAAUACUACAAUAAAGAAAUCUAAGCAAAUAACGGAUGAAAGUUUAAAUAUUCAACAAAAAAAGCGAAAACUUGAAUCUCAAACAAGCCCAACAGUAGAAAAGCGUGAUAUUAAAUCAGACAAGUUAAAUUAUAAAGGUAAUUGGUUACGUGAUAAUGAUACUCCGGUUGAACGCCAUCCUAUCACCUUAAAAAGUGUAGAUAAUGGCUUGUUUGAUAACACGAUAUCAUCUAAGCAACUAGUAGAUAUGAAUAUUAAGCAAUACAUUAGAUAUUUUGAUGAUUUCUCUGCGGAAAAUGUACCGACCAUCACUUUAACGUUACCUGGACGCGCUUUCGAAGAAUUUCCUUUGUUAAUACCAAAGAACAAUGAAAAUUAUUCACCUUUACACGAUCUAAUCAAGACAAUCACCUUGUUAGUCCAUCAUUUCGUUCCACCUUCAUCUCAGUCGCUUUUUGGCGUAAUCCCUGAAGAUGACGCUGAUUUUAUAACAUCAAAUGAUACGAAUAUACUCAGAUUAAUCCAAAGAUCUUUCAAUAGACGCGAAGGCACGUCUUUCUGCAAUGCUGUUGAGACUUUCAAUAAACGAUUCUUGGAACUUAUAGAUAAGAAUGAGAUUACAAAUCAUCUAAAUAAUGCUAAAGGCAUACAUCCUCGAGUUUGGCAACAUAUCAGUGAUCAAACUUAUCAAAGAGUUGUUGGACCUAGAGUGAAUGAAUUACGACAAUAUGAAGCCUUUUCCUCUAACAUAUACGGUGAAAUUUUAUCACCUUUUGUCGCGCAUAUCGCUCAUAAACUCAAUAUCGGACCAAAUUCCACAUUUAUUGAUUUAGGUGCAGGUGUUGGUAACCUAGUAUUACAAAUGUCUCUCGCUACUGGUUGCAAAAGCUUUGGCGUUGAACAAAUGAAUACCCCAGCUGAUCUGGGUUUUAUUCAACUUGAAGAAGGCACAAAGAGAUCUGCAAUGUAUGGUUUAUUAGUAGGCGAUAUGGAUUUUGAAAAAGGAGACAUGUGCAAUUCCCAAAAAUUAAAUGGAUUAUUACCAAAAGCUGAUUAUAUUCUGGUAAAUAAUUGUGCUUUCUCUGCCGAAUUAAAUGAGAGGCUAUCAUUAAUAUUCUUAGACUUAAAGGAUGGUGUUAAAAUAGUAUCAUUGAAACCAUUCUUGUCGAAUAAUUUUAGAAUUACAGAUGCUACUGUAAAUUCACCACUUGCAAUACUUGAAAUGGAAAAAGGAGAAUAUUUUGCCGGUUCAGUUAGUUGGACAGAUGCAGGAGGAUCGUAUUAUGUCCACAGAGUGGAUAGAUCAAAGUUAAAUUCUUAUUUAAAAUCAAAAUAGAUAUGUUAUCAUCGUAAUCUGCAUUAAAUAGAACUUAGUUUUACAAACAUUGCUUUGGUAAUUGACUACAUUUACUUUGAGGUAUCCGAAAUGAAAUCCGUUAAGCUAUACCAGCCCGCUUCCUUAGAAAUACAAUGAAAUUGAAUAUGAACCUAACUUGCUCAAACGUUUCUAUAGCUUUGAGUGAUCGUCUAAGUCUUACAACAUUGAUAAGUGAUUUAAGAAUUGAUAAACAAUGCUCAGUUUCGUUAUUAAUUGCAGGUAAUAAUAGGUUUGGAAUUAGACCCAUUUUGAGUAUCCAUGCCGAAGCUAUAAUACCUGCUCUACCAACUCCACCUCUACAAUGUACCAAGAUAUUGAAACCUUUAAAAGUGAAAUCGUUUAGAAGUAUAGAGAGUCUGUCGUGAAAUUCAUUUAAAUCUGGAGGAUGUAAACCUUCAGGCAUUGGAAACCUUAAUAUCGAUAAACCUAUUUUUGUGGCUGUUUCUUUAUAUUCUGACCAGCUUAUGCCUAAAGAAAUCAAUUCAUUAUCAUCUAGACAGCAAGCAAUGACGUUGCAACCAGAUUUUUUUAUUCUAAUAAAGUCCAAAUGGAGGUCCCUAUAAACUGGGCUUUUGAGAUCAGAUUGACCUUCGGGUUCAUGCUGUUGAUUUAAACGUAACUUUUUACCCGGUGCCGAAGACAUCAACAAAUUACCGAAUCUGAAUAAAUGAGGAGACUUGUUCUGGUUGAAAGAGUAUAAUUUGUUAUAAUAGGUAAGAUCGUCGGUUGUCAAACUAUUAAUAUCAUGAUGGAACUUGUAGCAUAAGGACGACAGAUAGUCCAAAUUGAUCGGAUUGUCUACAAUGGUUAAUGAUGGCUUGAUAAUGGAAGACAUAUAAUCGAUACAAUCUAAGGGUAUAAUGAUUGAGAUAUUCAAUGGGUGGGUGACGGAUGUUUUCAUAUUGUUAGUGGAUAUUGCUAAGUUGUUGUUGUUGAUGUACUCAUUGUCACAAUUAUGACAGUGUAACAAAUUAUCGUUCUUUAUAUAACAAUCAUCAUUUUGAACUAUGAAAUCGUUGAAGUUUUUUGAAGUUUUCAAUAAACUUAGAUAAUAAUCAUAGAACACCAUUGAUAGAGGCUUAUAAUUAAUAUUUUUUAAUUUGUAAAAGCUUGAUAUUUGAAUAAAAU